AUGGCUCCUUAUGAAGCACUGUAUGGUCGCAAAUGUUGUACACCUUUAUGUUGGGCUGAGUUAGGGGAAAAUAAGGCAUUUGGUCUAGAUUUGGUGCAAGAGACUAAGGAUGUGGUUUCACCAUGGAAGAAUGUCUUGAUAUUUGGACGCAAAGGCAAGUUGAGUCCGAGGUUUACUGGGCCAUAUAGAGUUCUUAAGAUGGGUGAACUAGUGGCUUACCAGUUAGAGUUACCUCUAGAACUGGAUUGCAUACAUGAUGUAUUCCAUGUUUUUAUGUUGAGAAUAUAUCAUUCUGAUCCAUCUCAUGAGAUUCCACUAGAGAAGGUCGAGGUGAGAUCCGAUUUGACUUAUGAGGAAGAGCCAGUACAGAUUUUGGAUCGGGAGGUUAGGAAAUUAAGGAAGAAUCAAAUUCCUCUAGUGAAAGUUUUGUGGCAGAAUCACAGCGACAUUGAAGCCACUUGGGAACCCGGAGAGGCGAUACGUCGAUAA